GAGAAAAAGUAAAGAGCGAGCGAGAGAGAGAGAGAGAGAGAGAGAGAGAGAGUCUCACACAAGUACCUUAAACCCAAUCCAAACCCUCCUCCCCCAAAACCCCUACCUUUCGCCAUGCCACUACCUCUCCUCGGGCGAUCAUGGCGAUCGCCCCUAUUCUCCUCACCCGUGCGAACCCUAGCAUUCUCCCUCGUCCAUCGAUCGACCUACGUCGACGUCGCCAUGAAGUGGAAGAAGGACCCCUUCUACGACUCCAUCGGCGUCCUCGCUCGCUCCAGGGAUCUCAAGCCCCUCGUCUCCCUCAAAAGCAUCAUCGCCCGCGCCCCCUCCGACGCCGGGAUCCCCGUCUCCGCCGUCUCCAAGCGCGGCCGCGCCCUCGAGACCUCCGGCCGCCGCGUCGCCUCCUUCCUCCGCCGCUACCCCGCCGUGUUCGACGAGUACACCGGCCCCAACUACAACCUCCCCUGGUUCAGGCUCACCCGAGAAGCCGUCGACCUCGACCGCGAGGAGCGCGCCGUCUAUGACGCCCGAAAGCCCGAGAUCGUCGACCGGCUCCGGAGAUUGAUCCUCAUGUCGAGGGAUCGCCAAUUGCCGUUCAGAAUUGUGCAGGGGAUGCUGUGGUAUUUGGGCUUGCCCGAAGAUUUCCUCGAAGACCCCAACAACAUCUCUAAUGGCAGCUUCGGGGUAGUCGAAAUCGGAGACGGGGAGAAAGGAUUGAGCGUUGUCGGUGGUGGAGAUGAGCCAGUGUUUUCGGCGCUCCAGCGGAACGCACUGAGGCAAUUUGGCGGUUCUGCGGAUUCGCCUCCUAAGGAAGUUGCUUUCCCACUAUUCCCCUCUAAAGGCCUCCGGUUGAAGAGAAAGAUCGCGCAUUGGUUGGACGAAUUCCAGAAGCUUCCGUACGUCUCUCCGUAUGAGGAUUUUUCUCAUUUGGAUCCGAGCAGUGAUAUCUCGGAGAAGCGGGCGGCGGGAGUUCUUCACGAACUUCUUAGUUUGUUUGUCGAUAAUUCGGCGGAGAGGCGGCGGCUUCUCUGCCUCAGGAAGCACUUGGGGCUGUCGCAGAAGUUCCACAAGGUGUUCGAGCGGCAUCCCCAUGUGUUCUACCUGCUAUUGAAGAGCAAGACCUGCUUUGUUGUUCUAAAAGAAGCUUAUUUUGCCGGUUCGGACACCGCAUUGGAGAAGCACCCGAUGCUUGCGAUAAGGAAGAAGUAUGUUAAGCUGAUGGAUAAAUCGGACGCUAUUCUGAGAAGCCGUCGGAGUAGGAAACCUGUGGAAGAUGCUGCCGAGGGAAGUUAAGUUGCUGCUAUUGAUUCGAUGGAGGAUUCUGAUGGGUUUAGCAGAGGACCAUUAGAACUUGAGCGGAAGUCGGAAGAUUGGAGACAUGUUUGAAGCUGAAAUUGGCAGACUGCUUGGGGUUUGUUGAAUAGUUGAGAAGAAAUUCAUCAUUGUGCACAGAGAAGCUGGAAAGAUACAGGCAUUCACUUGAAUUGUGUUAAGAGGAGGCUAACUCGAGUUUCCGUGGCCAAUUUUGGUGCCAUAUAGUAAAGUCGCCGUAAUAUGCAGCAGACCAUUUGAAUUGCCACCUUGAGAUUGUGCAAGUCCGGUUAUAAAGGUAAAAAAGUUUCCUAUUUAGUUAAAGACCUGGCGAAAACCUUGUUAUAUCAACCGUACAUUCUGUCUACUGAUCUUUACCGUCAAAUUGAGCUAAGAACAAAGAGAUGGAAUUUUGAUUACUGUUUCGUGAUUUGCUAUUUGGAACUGAGAACUCCCUUUAGUAUGAUCGAAGUUUGCUUCUUCAACCUUGUUCAGCAAGUAGUAAAUGCCAAUCUAAAACUAGGAGCACAAUUUUCAUGUUAUUCUGAAGUUUGUUUCUCAGAAAUAGAGCUAAAAGCAAAAGUUGGUGAUUUAUUUGACAUCUACCUCUACCAAUAUCUGAGGAAUGACUGAAAUCUUCUGGAAAAGAGGUACCAUGCAGACUCCAAUUGUAAUGUGUGGUUUUAGCAAAAUAGCACAUAGCAUUGAUGUCUUAGCCGAGAUUGUUUUUUAGGUCUUAAUUGCGCGCUCUUGAUGGGCCAACCUGAUCCAAUAAGUUGAGCAGUUCUUGGUGAUUCUUGGUACUGCCGACAACUGCAGCAAGGAGUUAAAAGAAACACCUUUUGAAGAAGAACAGUGAAGAGGAAAAUUCUGGGAAUUGAUCUUCUUCUGUUCUCUCUCCCAUUAACACUGCUUACACAAAAGCAAAAGAACUCCCUCUCUCUUUGAUCAAGGUGAUUUGGCAUUUAAGUUGUGGAAGAACUGAAAAGUGUGUGCGCUUUCCAAUUUGCGAUCGCACAUUUGACUUGCUUGUGAUUCUAUAUUUGGUGGCUCGAAGAAUGUCUUAUUCUUCACGCUUCUAAGGCUAGUUCAUUCAUAUCCGUAAUUGUUAUCAUUCGACAUGUACAAAAUGGUGUACUUCUAGCGAAUAAAUUUUGGGAAAUCUUACACUUUGCGGCCCAUGUGUGAAAGAUUUCGAUGAAGUAAAUGAGGGAUUUAACAUUAGAUUUAUGUGCCCAUGAUCCUGGAACUAAGCUGCAUUUAUUAUCCAUUUACUUAAUCAUGCAUUAUCUUCUCAUUAUUAUCUUCCUGUGUCUAGGACCCUGCAUUAUCCAUUGUGUUGGGGAAAUUUAUCUAAUGAAGAAAUUAUUCUCAA